AUGGCGGCAUCUCCUGACACGGAAGACCAGAAGACCAGCGACUUAGAUCGGCGCUGGACCAAGCAUCGACGAACAAUCCAGGACCUCUACGUGGUCCAGCGGCUUCCCUUGAGGGAAGUCCGUCAGCAGCUCCAGGAGAAGUGCUCAUUCUCUGCCAGUGACUCCCAAUACAAGCGCAAGUUAAGAGAAUGGGGCUUUACAAAGAACUUGAAGGCUUCUCUCUGUCAAGCAAUUAGCAUCAGCCUGGAAAUACAGGGCGUCGACCACAAGAAUGCUACAGCCAUUGUUCGCGGUGUCCCCGUGACUUCCAAGCAACUCACUCGGGCUUUGGGAAGGCAUCGACUCACCACGCUGGAACGGAAGAAGUUCAUGUCUGGGCAAAAUCAGCCAAUACUCAACGACGUCGAGAUUUACGCCAACAACCUCAGUAUUGCCGUUUCCCCAACCCCCGAUGUCGAAGCUAUUGAACAACCAUGGUCGGUUAAUCGCGUUGCACCCCGAAGUGGCAGAAGUAGUGGAAACUGCUGGACCGAGACCUCUGGAGACGGGGUGGAUUCUAGCAUCCUGCCACACACCGGCGCCUCCCUGGCUUCUCCUCGCCAACAAACUCCUCUGGUUCCGAGCCUCUUCCCAAAUUGGACGGCGCGUUUUAGCAGUCAGGAAACCCUCGAGAUCAUUCUACCACGCUUAGCUAAAGAAGAAGCUACCACGAAUCAUAUUCGCUGGCUGCUCGCCAAGGGGGCCAAUAUCGACGCAUCGGACAACAAGUGCUGGACUGCUCUGCACUACGCCGUCGAUUCUCAGAAUGUUCCCCUGGUGCAGCUUUUGCUGAGAUACGGUGCAUCGCCAGAGGGCGUGAAUGGCAAUGCCCGUGCGUCCAACGCGCGACACCGAUCUACGCGCGACCGAGAGACCCCGCUGGCUUUGGCAGUGGUGCUGGAAAACCUUACCAUCUGCGAGAUGUUAUUGCGGGCGGGUGCAGACCUAAAAAUGACGGCCAUGAACCGACCCCUCUGCUCGCUGCCGGGGUAUAUCCACAAAUCCCCUGCGGUGCGUCGAACUCCCCACUCUCACCAGCAUAUCCCGCUGGCAUGCUGUUUCGCAAACGCCUUGCAGUACGCGGCAAUAGGCAACAGAACCACGCUAGUGGAGCUUAUCUUCAGAUCCACCUCGAGUCGAUGCAACACGCGCACCUACACUCCAGUUUUCCUUGCGAUUUGGAAGGGACACGUUGCUAUUCUCUCCCUCUUGUUGAAGGACGGCGCUGGCGUGAAUGAGUUGUCUUUUUCUCACCUUGGACGGCUGAGUCCAUUGCAAGCUGCAUGCUACUACGGGAAUCUGCAGGUCGUGUCGACGCUCGUUGAUGCUGGCGCCGGCCUCAAUGCUCGACCCAACAACACUAGAGGAAAGACGGCCCUACAAUACGCGGUUGAUAUGGGCCACCAGCAGACAGUCGCUUAUCUACUACAGCAUGGCGUCGAUGUCAAUGCUCCCUGCGCAGAACCGCAAGGGUUGACGGCUUUACAGUCCGCCGUCUUUCAGCGGAAUUACCAUCUGGUUGAGCAUUUAUUGCUACAAGGGGCGGAUGUUAACCAGCAGCCUGCGAGGACGGGCGGGCACACGGCAUUAUCUGCCGCUAUUGCGACUGGAUCGAAUAGCCUUUUUCAGCGUCUCCUCAGGGCGGGAGCAGAUGUUCAACUUGUCGAAUGGCCAAACUGCGACAACCAAAACAUUCACCUUGUAACUGCAGUCAGAAAGGGACAUAUCCAGUUCAUCGUCGCUCUACUACACUACGGUCUGGAUGUCAACGUGGUUUUGGCCACGGGAGAGAGCUUGGGUGAGCUCGCUCUGUUAGAGGCUUGUCGUCGGCGCUUGUGGCCAGGGGUCAAACUGUUGCUUCAGCACUGCAACAUCAUCAAGCCUUAUGUGUUGUACGAGGUCUGCGACAGCAUCGACAGUGUCAUGGCUACCGACAAGGAUUGCAUCCAGCUGCUGCUAAGCAAAGGUGCAGACGUCAACGCUUUGGGCAAGGAUGGUUCACUUUUUGAAAAGGUAUUUGGAGCGGGCAAUCUGAGAAUCAUUCACGAGAUGCUUAGUAGUGGGAUACAGCCAUACCUCCCCUCCGACCGGUAUGGCCAAACAGCACUACAGGCUGCAAGCGCUGCAGGAAACGUGCGCCUCGCAAGAUUGCUUCUUGAUCACGGAGUUGACGUCAAUGCUGUUUCUGAGAGGUUUGGUGGACGAACAGCUCUCCGCGCCGCAUGUGAGCAAGGGCAUCAUGAAGUCGUGGAACUCCUUUUACGGAGUGGAGCAUGCAUCAACCUUCCCGGCUAUCCUCACAACGCAUAUAUUGCUCUUCAGUCAGCGACCAGCAAACGCGCCACUCGGAUUGUGCAGAUGCUCCUUAGCGGCUUUUGUCUUAUUGCAGGGGCAGAUAUCGCAGCAGCUCAAGCGCUUAUCGGAUGGAGGACGGCCAUCAAUAUCGCGGCGGCAAGUGGCCGGCUGGAUGUGGUCAAAAUGCUGCUUGAUCAUUACGUCCCCAAGGACAACGAGACGCUGCCGGAUGUAUGUGCUGGAGCAGCUGUGGCUGCGGAAGAGCAGUGCCGAUGGAAAGUCGUUGAACUUCUGGAAACUUACCAGAGAGUUGCAAUGGGGCCAGAGAAUAGCUGCUUCCGAUAA